AUGCAGUUGGAGAAAACCUUCAAGCAGCGCCGCACCUUCGAACAAAGAGCAAAGGACGUGCACCUCAUCCCAGAGCAGCAUCCCACCAAGAUCCGGGUGAUAACAGAAAAAUACAAGGCCGAGAAGCAGCUGCCUGUCCUGGACAAGGCCAAGUUCCUCGUGCCUGACCAUGUCAAUAUGAGUGAGUGCAUCAAGAUAAUUAGAAGGCGCUUGCAGCUCAGCGCAAUCCAGGCCUUCUUCCUCUUGGUGAACGGGCACAGCAUGGUGAGCAUGUCCACACUGGUGUCCGAGGUGUAG